GAUCGCUGAUUAUUGACAUAGCAACCAAGGAGAGAGCCGCUAAAGGCUUCACUCCAGAUUAGUUUGUACUUUUCUUCAUGAGAGUUAAUAGUCUAAGGCUACACACUCUCCCGCUGCCAUGAAUGCUGCUGUGGUGAGGAGGACGCAGGACUCGCUGGGCAGAGUGAUCAGGAAACCGCCGCUCACGGAGAAGCUGCUGAGCAAGCCCCCGUUCAGAUACCUGCACGACAUCUUCACAGAGGUCAUAAGGACCACUGGUUUUAUGAAAGGCUUAUAUGAAGAGAAUGAGAUGAAGUCAGACAGUGUAAAGGAAAAGGACUCUAAGAUCGCCUUCCUUCAGAAGGCCAUAGAUGUUGUGAUGUUGGUGAGCGGCGAGCCCCUGGCGGCAAAGCCUGCACGAAUCGUUGCAGGUCACGAGCCGGAGAAAACCAAUGAACUUCUGCAGGCCAUUGCCAAGUGUUGCCUCAACAAGGUCCGUCCAACGAUGUCCAGUGAUGAAGCAGUUAAACGAGUGCUUUCAGGAGAAAAGGUGGACCUAAAAACCAAAGCCAGCACCUCCAAGUCACAGGGCAAGGAGAAUAGGGAAGGGCGUGACACAGAGGAGAAGAAAAAGAUAACAGAGCGCAGCGGCAGCCGGGACCAGAAGGACCCUGACCAGCUCAAAGAGAGGGAGAGCCGAUUGAGGGAUGGAGAGAAAGACCACCAGCGUGAACGGGAGCGCUCUGAAAAAUACCAGGACCACCAAGCUAAAGACCGAGACAAAGACAAGAGUCGUGACCGAGAGCGGGACAAGGAUCGAGACAGAGGGCGAGUCAGGGACAAGGAGAAAGACAGAGACAGGGAUCGAGAAAGAGAAAGAGACAAAGAUAGAGAGAAGAACAGAGACAGAGAUUCUCACAGAGAUCGAGAAAGAGACAAGGAAAAACGAAAAGACAGAGACAAAGACCAAGAGAGGGACAGAGAGCGACACAAAGGUGGACACGAACGGAACAAAAGUGGAGAAAGUGGAAGUAACAAGAUCAGAGAGUCAGGGGAACCAGAGCAGAAAACCAGCUCAGAGGAGCUCAGCAGCAAAACAGCCAAAACUGUGCCAGCAGAUCCAAAACCAGUUGAAGAGCCCACAGAAGAUGGUGAGAACCAGCAGCCCAACGGUCCAACCAAAAUACCUCGGCCUUCUUCUGCCAAAGGGCAGAGACGGAGGCCUAAAAUUGGAGGUCAAGAUGAAUCCGACAGUGAAGGGGAUGGAGAUGCUCAGUCGGCCCAGCGGCCUGCCCCUCAGGAUAACACCGAAGGACCCGCUGUGCCGCCCAACACGGCUUCCAGCGGCAGAAGAAUAUCACGGCCAAGUAGUGCUCGCCCAGCACCUCCUCGAGUCAAGAGACAAGAGAGCCACGCAGAUGCGACCCCUGCAGAGAGGCUGUCGAGUGCCAAGCCCUCAGCACCUGUCAUCUUGGACGGGAAGAAGUCGUCUGAUGAUGAGGAUGAACAGUUUGUGGUGGAAGAGGCCGUCCCUCCACCGUCAGAUGCUCUUGAAAUCCAGAGAGAACCUGCACAAGAACUAGACGGUGAAGAAAAACAUGGUGGCCUUGUCAAAAAAAUCCUUGAGACAAAGAAAGACUAUGAAUUGACGCCAUCCUCACCCAAAUCUAAAGAGAGCUCGGUGUCAGAAGCGGCGCGUAAGAAAGACCGGGAAAUGGUCACGAGGGAGAUUGACCGGCUUCGCUCAUCCGUUCAGAUGGUUUGUCGUAGUUCCCUGCCUUUGGGUAAGAUCAUGGACUACAUCCAGGAGGACAUGGACGCCAUGCAGGCCGAACUGCACACCUGGCGGCGGGAGAAUAAGGAGCACGCACAGGCCUUGCUGCACGAGGAGAGGGCGACUGACCAGGCCGUGGAGCCUCUCAAAGCAGAACUAGCCGAGCUGGAGCAGCUGAUCAACGACAAACAGGACAAAAUUUGUGCUGUGAGGGCAAACACUCUGAGGAACGAAGAGAAGAUCCAGAAGAUGGUGGCGGGAAUCAACUUCUCCUCCAGAAGCUGAGUUUGAAGGACCAGAGAGAAAUGUAUGAAUAUUCUCUGAUUUUGUAGGCAUGAGCAGGCUUUUGUUCAGAACAUUGCUAAGGCCAGUUUUAAUGGCGCUUAUGGUGAAUGGGACCAAAUACAGCACCUUUUAGGUUUCAGUACUGGAGAGGGAUCCAAGUACGGUUCUGCAGGACUGGAGCCAGCAAUAAGUGGGAGAGUAGAAUCCAAAAGACCCAUGCGUUGCUGUGGAGGCCUUAUAUUUUUCAGAAGUAGGUGGAUUAGGUAAAUUGAAAAGUUGAAUGUUAUAUUUGGAGGCUGACAAGCUGAUAACCCUCACAGAUGAUAAAUGAAUCCAUUUAAUCCAUGUGUCUGAUCUGCACAUGAACCGGUCAUCAUCUUUGAUCUCUGCUCUGUAACAGCUCACGUCAGAACUGCUACCGAAUGCUUGGUAAACUGCAUGUGUAGCAACCACUAUUCAUAUUUAAAAUGUCUUUCUUCGGUCUCGUAAUCAGAAUACAGAAAUGUGCUUUUAGAUCCAAACAGCAUUUUGUCUGUUGGGAGGUUUUCAAGUCUCAACAUACAACUUGUUUGCAGACACGUUAUCUGUCCUUUCGCUGUGAUGCGCGUUGUGAUUGCAUCUGUAAAAGAGCCACGAGACCACCUAACACACAUACUCGUGGCACAUUCAGCUGAUAGGAAACAAGAUACCAUAGCAGGUCAGAUUUCUAGAUGAAUUAAGGAUUUGUGUGGAGUGUCCCGUUAUGCUGCUUGAGAAAAACUCAUUUGUGUUCUUUUACAUGUCAUAUUUAGCUCCGACUCUUCAUCCAGUCAGUCAGCCAGUCUCCCAAACAGUCUUCUUCAAGCUUCCGUCCGUAAAAGUAGACACAUGUUUACUUAAGAACAUUUUUCUCCCGUCAUUGUUGUAAGGCCAAUGCUACGAGUCCACCCAUGAGGCACUGCUGCACUUUGAUAAGGAUGAGUAGGGGACUUUUUUCUUUUUGAAGAUGUUUUAUGUGAGCUAGGAAGUGCUACAACCCAGCUUCUGCCAUGCCUACAUGACCAUAUCAAACAUUCUCAACUUGCAUCAUUUUUUAGAAAAGAUAUUCACCUGUUCAUGUGACGGUGAGCCUGGAGGCACGAAGAAGCCUCUCCUGUGAUCGUACCGAAGAAUUUGCCAAACAUUUGCUUGUUUUUGGGAUGGAAGUGUUUGGACGAUGAUCAAUCUGAACAUGUAAUGAGAUCCUAUUUUAGUAGUUUCAUGUGCAGCCAUGUAAAAUAGUCUUUACACAUCAUAUAGAUAAGAAUAUAUGAAACAUUUCAAGACUGCGGAUGGUGUGACAGGUUGCGAGACCUAAAGUGAACACCGCCCCGUCUCAUUUUAUCCACACAGGAGUUCAGCACCGUAACAAAUAUUUACUUUGCAAAGUGCCGUCUAUGAAUGAAAAUGCAGUUACCACGAUUAAAAAGUGGUUUGUGAUUUGACUCUGUCCAAGAUGGAGGUAAACAUGUUGCUGCUGCACAUUCGCCUCCCAGAAGAUUGCCAGCACUGCCCGUGUUUACCAGGAAAACACUGGAAUCCUGAUUAUAUCGAUGAAUGUAAUCCAGUAGUUUUCUUUAUUAGUUUUUGAUUGAAAAUCCUACAAACCAGUUCAAUUCACUCAGAUGAGAAUAUGACCACUGGACAUACUUGUCUCUUUAAUGCGUCCACCACUGAAAUGUUUGCACUCCUUUAAGGAUGGAGAGUUAACGGCCACAUGAGUCCAAAAUGUGGACUCAUACAUUUAUUUAAAACAAAUAGGUAGCUGUAUGAAGCCACAUUUCCACUGAGCGGGGCGGCUUAUUUUAGGUCGGUGCGGCCCAGUCUGGAGUCUCCUCUAGCUUGCGUUUCAUCCUUCAUGUGUGUUGGUCAGAUGACUAGCUACCUCUUCUACAUGACAUCAUACUUGUGCGUCACAGUGGCUCCAGUCAAUAAAAUCGAGGAGGAACGACUUAGCUCAGGGGAGGACAUCAUAUCUUAUUUUUGACAAGAAGAAGCUGAGCUUUAUUCGAGAAAAUGCUGACUUAUUUUCUUAUAGUCGGCAGCUUUGGAAGAUGGAAACAAGUAGCUGCGUACCAUACGGCAUCUAACUGAAUUGUACUGCUUGGUGGAAAUGUGCUAUACAUUUAGAGCUGUUAAAUAUUCCAUAUUCUGAGUCUGUGCUCGGAAUAUGGAUUGAUUUUGUGGUGUUACAAAGUAUACAGCCGUGCUUUUGAAAGAUGAAGUGGUUUGUAAAUGGAUUGUACUAACCUUGAUUCUUAAAAAAAAAAAAAAGAAAGUUAUUUCUCUUGAUAAAAACACAACUUUUUUUUAUUUAUUUUUAUUACUAAAUUCUUGCCCAAUAAGGGAUUCUGUAUUACAAUGCAGUAAAAGCCAGUCACUCUGGAAUCAGCUGUCAAGCCGCAGUAACAUAUCUCACUUAUCCACUCUACUUUCAUAUCAGUAUUAUAUGUAAUCCAUCCAAUGUAAGAGCGAACAUGCAGGAGACUUCCCCACAUCUGCAAAACUUCUGGACUUCAGCCUCCAAAAAAGGCAAAACACAAAAGAUGCGUUCCAGCAGUGUGAGGACCGACUGUGUCCAACGUACGGGCCUUGGUGAGAUCACGCCUACGUGAGGGGUCAGUACCAACUGUGUGUUUCACUCUAGAUGUCAGAUGUGUAAGGAUUUGACAUCAGCCGCCAGCUUGUGAUCAGUGGGUGAUCUCGGGGUGAGGUUCGAUAGCUCCAGCUCUCAGACCCUGUAAUGGAUGUUCUCUUGUACGUCGAGGGUUUUUUGCCACCAUAAUACAAUUGCGUGGAAAAAGGGGGUUGGAAUUGGAGAGGCUGACUCCACCCCCUAAAACCAGCUACUUUAGACGAUGGCGAAGAAUACAUGUUUGAAAAGAGUGCAGUCACAUUGCAUCACUGUAAUAUUUUCACCAAACUGUCACAGACAUUUCAUCAAGGCCUCAGGAAAGUGUGUCAGCUUGUGAAAAAAGGACAGAAUAUGUCUCCUUAAACUGAAGACCUGGCGACGUGGGAACCUGCAUGCUCGGAUGCUAAAUGGAAUCACUGUAAACGCUGCACGCUGUGUCAUAUCCUCUGUUCCUCUUUAAAUUGUACAUAAUGUAUAUGUGGAGCUGUAUCAUAGUUGAAAUGACUAUAUAAUUUUGUAGUGGAGUGAAAUAAAUUGGUACAUUGCAAUAGAUGUUUGUCCC